UGUCGCGCAGCGUAGUAGUAGCCUGGGCGAGCCCAGUCGGCGAGGAAACGAGCGGCUGAACGAGCUUGCUAGAUUCCGUCGACUAGAAGCGUGGCGUUCAGCGAGCUAAAACCAGACACACUGAUAUCUAUGAUUGUGUUCCUGCGUGGUUGUGUUGUAACUCAUACUAGUCAUAGGCGAUUAUUGUUUCGAGUAUUGCCGCGACGAUGGACCCUGUAAACCUACCUCCCACUACGCGCCAGUUGUUUCGACGAACCAGUUACGUAGCUGGCACGUACUCCUGUCAUAGUUGCUUUUUGCGCAGUGUCCAUCACUCGACGACCGGCAUCCGCUCAGGACGAUUUCCGUCCGCGAAGCUAGCAAGAAAGACUCCCAAUGGCGUAGUCGAACUGGUUCUACUCAUGUCAUGUAUUCCCCGGGCUGCUUGUGCUAGGACCUCAUCCGCAUUCAUAUUCAUCUCGUCGAAGAAGGUUGUAGGAAGCAUGUCUGCUGCUGCCGUGCUGGCAGCACCAAACAUCUCUGAUUGCCAAUGGUCUUCACGUCAGGUGUAGGCGAGCGGCUUUGACCAUAAUUAUGCAUAGGUCGAGCUGGAGCGAGCAGCUAGGAUUCAUUUCUGUAAUUUGCGAGUCGAGGUGGGCGCGAAUGUUGUCGUGAAGUCCUGCACUGAAGUCGAUUAUUUUGUAGCGGCUGGUGACAGCGGCGUAAUCGGUUCGCCAGCUUAGGUGUGCGUGUUUUGGACAGGGACGUGUCCACCUGGAGUCGACUGGACAUCAAGUAACACUUGGGAUCCCACGGGAGUCAGUAGCCCUUCUACCUGGAACACGGUGCUAAUGAGCUGUGGCCAGUGUGAGGGGUGGCAACUGCUGGUGUUGGUCAAUAUUUUUGUCACCCACUGCUGUGCAGUGCAGUAGCAGCGGCGAUCGACCCAGUCACAGGAGCAAAUGGUUGGUGAGGGUAUGCCUCCACCGUCGUCAGCGGAGAGACGAGGGAGAAGAUGUGGAGUGAACUCGUUGCCACCCAGUAUGUUAGUGGCGGCAUCUGCUGCUGCUGCUGCUGGUCAAGCUCCGCCGUCCAGGGCUUGUUUCCAGUAUGCUCUGCCGCCCAACUCGCCCCUGGUUCGGAGUCCUGCAACGGCAGCUCUGCUUGCAAGUGGCCAGGGCUUGGUUGGUGUACAGAGUCGCAGUGCUGUGGCAGCGUUGAAGCCACGCAGGGAGAGACCAUUGUCCCAGUGCCUGUCCGUUGCUCAAAGAAAGUCGAUGGAAUGGAAUGGCCAUCCGGCAGGUCGACCACUGAAAGUACGCUCCGUCCCUGCCCAUUCUCAAUCAGUGCAGGCCUACAAUAACUUGCAGCGCCGCAGCAGUGGCGAAUUGGCAGUGCAGCAACAGCAGCUGGGGACAUCGACGUCGUCACAGCAAGGUCUCUCGCGAAGUCAGUCGGCGAGCGGUCACAUUUCCGACAAGGCAGCAUCAUUACCAGGUGCAAACCUGCCGACGUCGCGCACUACCUCUUUCGGCUCGUUCAGCGAAACUGACAGUGGUACGGCGUCGAUGGGUGUUAGUUCAACCACACUGGCCACGUCCACAUCGGAUGUACGCUCUCGCUCUGGCAGUAAGAGUCGCAGUAGGGAUGACAGCUUCUCUCAGCGUCGUCCCAGCUCGAGUAGCAUUAACGAUACAAGAUCCCACUCGACUGACGGGCCGGAGUACGUUCUCUCUCCGGACAUGGAACAGAAACGCAGUGAACGGGCGGUGGUGGAUAUUUGCAGGCGCUACGGCGGCAACCUGAGGACACAGAGGGCGGCGCGUACGAUACAGCGGGCAUUCCGCGAGCAUGCGCUGAAGCGAAGGCAUGCUCAUCAUCGCCAGAUGCGUGCUAGCCGACUGUACUCAACACCGCCGACCAUGGAACAGCUCAAGCAGAGUGGGUUGUCACCGAAGCAGCACCGCUGGAUCAGCGAGUCCAAAUCCAUGCAUCGGCCUGUACAGCGCACAGCUAUAUCACCAGCGAUGUCUGCUGGUACCAUGAGCAAUGGGGAGUCUAUGGAUUCCAUGGUGGGAAUGUCGGAGAUCGUAGUGGUCAUGCCAGAACCGGAACAGCUCUCCACGGAUGUAUCUAUGGGUGGUCCGGACGGCGGAAUGAACUCCGAGACAUCCUCAAUCAAUACACGCUCCUCACCUGGAAACAGCAGUGGCGAGGACAAGACAUCGGCUAACGGCGUUCAUAGUGGUGCCGUGUCUCCUGUGUCUAUUGCAUCGUCGGCGAGCCCGUCUCCUGGCAUUGACACUGGCGGCCAGUUUGAGGUCAUGCGACGGGCGUCUUUUGCAGUCAAGCCGAGCGAUUCGAAGUUGAAGCGACAGAGGCAGCUCCGCAUCGGCAUCACUCACUUUAACAGAAAGCCGAGCAAAGGGAUCCAGUAUCUCAUUGGGAAAGGUCUUCUGCAGGAUGACACCAAGUCUGUUGCUGUGUUCCUGAAGAAGCAGGGUGGUCUGAGUCGCCAGAUGAUCGGUGAAUACCUGGGAAAUCUUCAAAGUGGCUUCAAUCAGGCAGUGCUGUUAGAUUUUGUAAAUCAAUUUAAUCUUCAGUCAGAGGCAUUCACGAUGGCCUUGCGUAAAUUCCUCUCAACUUUCCGUCUUCCGGGUGAGGCACAGAAGAUUGAAAGAAUACUUCAGGUGUUUGCCAAUCGUUUUGCGGAAUGCAACCCUGAGCAUGACCUGAGCGCCGACACUGUGUUUGUUCUGGCCUUCUCCACCAUCAUGCUGAACACGGACCUGCACAACAGCAGCGUCAAGCAGCACAUGACCAAGGAAGAGUUUGUACGCAAUAACAGAGGCAUCAACAAUGGAGAAGACAUCCGCCGCGACUUUCUGGAUGCCAUCUAUGAAGACGUGUCUGAACGAGAGUUUAAGACCUCCAAGGACCACGUACAGCAAGUCCUGUCUCUGGAGAAGACCAUCACUGGCCGCGGCCAAAGCCCCCGGCUGUCGCAGCCACACCGACAACUUGUGCACGUGGCCAGGAUGAUUGAGGUUCUGGAUAAGGAUAAGAAGCAAGCCCCCAACCAGCACUCGCGCUUCCUCUUCCUGUUCAACGACAUGUUGCUGAUUGCAAAGUACGCGCCGAAGAAGAACAACGGCUGGACGUACAUGUACAAGAACUCACUGCCGUUGCUGGGAAUGAAGGUUCAGGAAUUCAGCAACCAAUACUACAAGCGGGGCGUACAGAUAAUGACCAACUUUGAGGGCAAGGUGAUGCUGACAGUCAAUGGAGAGAAGGAAGAGACAAAAAAGAACUUUGUUCGCGACUUGCGUGAAGUAAUGGCGGAGAUUGUCGAAAUGGAAGAAGAGCGAAUCCAGGAGAUGGAACACGUCUCUCAGCGCUCCAAGAGCUCUGACCUCUCGCCGGAGACUGCACGUCGCUCAGCACUGGCACAGCAGCAGCAGCAGCAGCAGCAGCAGCAAGGCCAGUUGUCAAGUGGCGCCUCGCAUGUGUCCUCUUCAGUACCUGCGAAUACAAAGGGAAACCACCUUGGGCAGGCACAGACCCUGAUGCCCAUCAUGGAAGGUAGCAACUCUGCAAAGAGGGCAAGCUCAGGCAAUGUUAGCGUACGUUCAUCUGGCUCGCCGUCAUCGCAGAGACGCGCUUUAAGCUCGUCAGAUGUCAGGGUUGAAGAGCCCACAACAUCACCAACACCACCUUCUAACCAAAGACCUGCAAGUAACGUUGAGGAUCACAGCAUGCUCACCGAAGGCAGAGAAAGCGGCUCGUCGAGCAGCUGGAGAGCCAAGCUCUCCGGAAAGCGACGCAAGCCAGGAGGACCGCACCUGCCCUGAGUUGCUCUAGGUAUUUAAAAGCAGGUGCAUCCUCAUAGCUGUUCAAUUUUCACCUUUUUAAACUAUUUCACUAUUUGUAUCAAAUGCGAUUUUUUGGCUUUCUUGAUUUCCCUACGAUUAUCACCAUGUGUGGAGAUUCAAAGAUUUUCUGUCGACUUCCAAUCUGAUGAACCUCGCAGAUUGCCUUGACCCUGCCGUCCUCCUAAUUAUUGUUCUGUUACGAUGAUUUUGCCCUGCUCUUUCGAGAAGUGGGUUUCCUUGAUGUUCACAGUUUCCAAGUCCCCUACACAUACUACCGGUCUCUGGGAUCUUGAGUGCUUACGUUAGAAAUUUCAGUUGAAUAUUUCCAAUACUUCCCUCUCCCACCUUGGACUAUGCCUUUUAAGAUUUGGCAACAUCAUUAUCCUUUACUUAGUGCGAGAGUUAGGUGUAGCAUUAGAGAUUUGUGGUGGCUUGUGUUGAGCAAUCUAGCGCAACAUUUCAGGUUUCUUUUUUGGUUUGGCCUCAGCUUGUCUCCGCUCUCCCCUUUCCUUUUAACGGACAAUUUGCUAAUUUCUUGCA